UGAGGAGCGCGAGGAGAACAUCCAGGUAAAACACUUUCCCACCUGAGAGAUUCAACCCACAACUCUACCUGCUUUAUUUUUUCACAUUCACUUUCCUUUCAGAGAUGAAUAAAGCUUGUCAAAACCACAUGUUCUUCCCCAGGAUGGGCACCGCCCCUUUCUUUAAGGUGACUGUGUUUGACCAGGAGCAUUUCCAAGGAAAGCGUCAGGAGUUCACCUCCGAGUGCUGCAACAUCUACGAGUGUGGCAUGGACAACAUCCGCUCCAUCCGGGUGGAGAGUGGAGCCUGGGUGGGCUUUGAGCACAUCGAUUUCCAGGGUCAGCAGUUCAUCCUGGAGAGGGGCGAGUACCCCAACUGGGAGUCCUACGCCGGCUCUCUGUCCUACCACAGCGAGCGCUUCAUGUCCUUUCGUCCCAUCUACUGUGCUUCUCACCAAAGCAGCCGCAUGAAGAUCUAUGAGAGGGAGAACUUCACGGGCCGUUGCACCGAGCUGUGCGACGACUACCCGUCCCUGGAGGCCAUGGGCUGGUUCAGACCCGAGGUGGGCUCCAUGCAUGUGCAGAGUGGCGCCUUUGUGUGCUACGAGUACCCGGGUUACAGAGGUCAGCAGUACAUCAUGGAGUGUGAGAGGCACAGCGGAGACUACCAGCACUGGAGGAACUGGGGCUCCCACUGCCAGACUCCCAAGAUCCAGUCCAUCAGACGCAUCAGGCACUGAGGAGGCCGAGCAGAACGGCGGCAGCAGCAGCGGCUCCGGCUAAUACCUGGGUGCUGCACCGUUAGUAGGCACGAGAGCUGGAUGUUUCUGGACCAGAGCGACGACACAAACCAUCAGCGACGCAGCAGCUACCUCUGAAACCAGCACACACUCACCAUUCAGUCUGGGAUGAAACACCGUUGUGAGACACACGAGUGAAAUAAAGUUCACAGUCAGA